AUGGGAGCGCGAGGGGUGGGCGACGCCCAAUCGGGGCGGGGCGCGAGGGAGCGGCGCGAGGGCGAUAAAAGCCGGGCCGCCGAUUGGCCGGCGCGCGCGCGCGGGGCGGUUGCCGAUUGGGCGGCGGCGGGGCGGGGCCGGCGGCGCGAGGCGGCGGCUGAGGAGCGGCGGCGGGUGAUGCUGAGCGAGGCGGAGAGCGGGGCCGGCGCCGGGGAGAGCCCCGCGGGGGAGUCGGCCAAGCCCGGCCCGGGCGGGGCCGCCCCGGCCCCCGCGCCCGCCCCCCGCGGCCAGGCGGCCAAGCGCGUCCUGGCCACCCAGGUGCUGGGCACGGUUAAGUGGUUCAAUGUUCGCAACGGCUAUGGAUUUAUUAACAGGAAUGACACCAAGGAGGAUGUUUUUGUGCACCAGACAGCCAUCAAGAGGAACAACCCUCGGAAGUUCCUGCGCAGUGUCGGCGAUGGGGAGACGGUGGAGUUUGAUGUUGUGGAAGGAGAGAAGGGCGCCGAGGCGGCCAACGUCACCGGCCCGGGCGGCGUGCCGGUGAAAGGCAGCCGCUAUGCCCCCAACCGCCGGCGCUUCCGCCGAUUCAUCCCCAGGCCCCGGCAGGCCCAGCUGCCACCGCAGGACGCCACCAGAGUGGAAGGGGCCGCCGAGCCGGUCAGCGAGGGGGAGAGAGCCGACGACGCCAUGCAGCAGCAACAGCCCCGCAGGAGGCGCCCUCUGCCGUUCUUCUUCCGCCGGAGAUUUGUGCGUGGGCCCCGGCCUCCGAUCCAGCAGCAAGCCCAGCCGGUGCAGGGCACGGAAGGCACGGAACCUAAAGAUGCCACCCAGCCAGAGGGAGACCAGCAACCGCCAGUCCAGGCAGGGGAGAGAGCUCCGGCCCCUCGCUUCCGGCCCAGAUACCGCAGACCCUUCCGCCCCCGCCCGCCACAACAACCCACCACUGAAGGAGGCGACGGUGAGACCAAAGUGGUGCCAGCCCCAGCAGACGGCAUCCGUCCCGAACCCCAGCGCCAGCGUAACCGGCCCUACUUCCAGCGCAGACGGCAGCAAACAGCUGGCACCCGGCCGGCGGUGGCAGAGCCGACCGUUACCGCCUCCAAAGACCAGCCUGCUCUGAGCUCUGCCGCUGCGGGGGACACCCCUGCUGCCAGCACCCCGGCCACCACUCAGGAACCAGCGCUGGAAGCCAGCAAACCUGCUGCCCCCGCUCCGGAGGGUCCCUCCCAGCCACUGCCUGAGAUCCAGCGACAGCUUGUGGAUACUUCGACGCCCGAGCCCGGGGGGGACCCUGCUCCAGCCCUGCUGGCAUAAUAGUGAGGGGAUGCAGAGCUGCCAGCUGGUGUCCAUCUUGCCCGUAUCCAAGUUACCUCGUACUGCACAGAGACCCCAAACGCCACCCAGUCCCCCCAAUCCUCGCUGCUGAUCGAAGCCAAGAAUGUGAACCCUGAGGGGGGACUGAACACAAUCUUUAAGUUUAAAAAAAAAAAAACCUUUUUGAGGGGCUAGUCUCCCCACCUCCCACAGCUUCCUCAGUUCAAAGGGAAACUCGCUGUUGAAACUUAAGUUAAUUCCCUCCCUCCCCCCCAUUUUUUUUGAAGAGCACUUUUUGCAAACGUGUG